AUGGACAGCUUAACUCUCUACCCAACCAAGAGGAGCCAACAUCUUCUGUAUUCAAGACUCCUGGAUUGUGGACAUUCUAGGCUGCCCCCGGGUAAACUUGAUCAUACAAAGUCUAGCAGCUACCUGGGCUACAGCAGCUACCUGGGCUACAGCAGCUACCUGGGCUACAGCAGCUACCUGGGCUACAGCAGCUACCUGGGCUACAGCAGCUACCUGGGCUACAGCAGCUACCUGGGCUACAGCAGCUACCUGGGCUACAGCAGCUACCUGGGCUACAGCAGCUACCUGGGCUACAGCAGCUACCUGGGCUACAGCAGCUACCUGGGCUACAGCAGCUACCUGGGCUACAGCAGCUACCUGGGCUACAGCAACUACCUGGGCUACAGCAGCUACCUGGGCUACAGCAACUACCUGGGCUACAGCAGCUACCUGGGCUAA